GUCCUCCUUCUUUGCUCUUAAGACAGACUCCUCGUCCUCGUCCUCGUCCUCUCCAUCAGCCUUCGUCGUCUCUCCUCCUCCUCGCGUCAAGCUCCCAACACCUCACCGGAAACUCUCGCCGCCCCCCCAACCCGCGCGAAGCUCCUGCUCUACAGCUCUUCAACUCCAUUCUACAGUCGUCCAAAUCCAUCACAACACACGUCCUAUCUAUCAAUCCUCAUCAUGCAGAUUUUCGUCAAGACGCUUACCGGCAAGACCAUCACGCUCGAGGUUGAGUCAUCGGAUACCAUCGACAAUGUGAAGAGCAAGAUCCAAGACAAGGAGGGCAUCCCGCCGGAUCAGCAGCGCCUGAUCUUUGCCGGAAAGCAGCUUGAAGAUGGCCGAACCCUCUCGGAUUACAACAUCCAGAAGGAGUCCACUCUACACUUGGUCCUGCGGUUACGAGGCGGUGCGCCCAAGAAGAAGACAUGUUCAUUUAAGGAAUGUUCAAAUGCCGCACAACGGAUAGUCGGAGACUGCACAUUCUGCGACGGCCACUUCUGCGGCAAGCAUCGGCUGUUGGAGGACCACAAGUGCACCGGGCUGGAGAACUGCAGGAAAGAGUCUCACGACCGGAAUGCGAUGAAGCUGAAUUCGGAGAGGACCUUUGUCGGAAAAGUCUAGCGUUGGCGAUCAUCGCAUCUGUUGGAUGAUAGCUUUCGACUCUCUCCUACUCACCUGUCGUCAUCGCUUGUCGCAGCUCGUCCACUUUU